CAAUGUUGAUGUUCUCUCCAUCAUGUGUCACGGUGAUGGUAUUGAUGAUGAUGAUGAUGAUGGUAUCACUGCGCGUGAAUGGGUAUAGCCGUUGCAUUGAAAGCGAAAGGAAAGGAUUGCUAGAGCUCAAGGCCUAUCUCAACAACACCAUGAAUCCGUAUGAUUGGCCUAAUGACACAGACAGCGAUUGUUGCAGAUGGAAAAGAGUCAAGUGUGAUCUUAAAAGCAAGCGUGUGAUCAGCCUCGUCUUGAGUGAUACAUACGACGCUCCUCCCCUACUAAAUCUUUCCGUGUUCUAUCCCUUUGAAGAAUUACAAACUCUAAAUUUACGUGGUCUCGGGUACUGCCAAGGCUGGUUCGAUGAUAUCUAUGGUUAUAAAAGCCUCGGGAGAUUGAAAAAUCUUAAGAUCUUCGAUUUCAGUAAAAACAGCGGCGUCAAUAUUAGUAUUUUACCUUUUCUAAAUACAGCUUUUUCGCUUAGAACUUUAAUACUUCGUGGGAAUUAUAUGGAAGGUACGUUCCCAGUGACAGAGCUAAAAAACUUGAGAAAUCUAGAAGUGUUGGAUCUAAGUAGUAACGCGUUCGUUGGCCCAGUGCCAGACUUGGCAAAUUUUCAUAACCUUCAAGGCUUGGACUUGAGCAAUAAUAGAUUUUCUGGAUCAUUGGAAACGAAAGGUUAAAACGCAAGUUUCUUGGCAACCAAGGUUCCAGUUAAAUGUUAUGGAAUUACAGUAUUGCAACUUGGGAAAGUUUCCAAGCUUUCUUCAACACCAGAAAGAUUUGCGCGUAAUUAAUCUCUCUAACAACAAGUUGGCUGGAUCAUUUCCCUCUUGGUUUUUGGAGAAAAAUCCAAAACUUCGGAUUUUGCUUUUGCAGAACAACUCUCUCAGCAUGCUUCAGCUGCCAAGACUAGUUAAGCACAGCUUGCAGGUUUUGGAUUUAUCAACCAAUAAAUUUGAUCGACGGCUUCCAAAGAAUUUGAUCGACGGUUUCAUGGGAGUUUGCCAUCUUCAUUCGGUGCGAUGAAAAUGAUCGACUUCUUGGAUCUAUCUCAUAAUAACUUCUCUGGCACGCUACCAAAUAAAUUCUGCAUUGGUUGUUCUUUUUUGGCUAUUUUAAAGCUUUCAUAGAACAGAUUUAGUGGCCAAGUUUUUCCAAAACCAACAAAUCUUCGAAGGUUGGCUAUAUUGUUUGUGAAUAACAACCUGUUUACUAGGAUCGCAGAUGGAUUGCUUCGUUCAAAAAGAUUGUAUGUGCUAGACAUGUC